GUACUUUAUACGUGUGUGAUUCUUGAAUCGACGAGCGACAAUCGAUUCCAUGUACUCAAAUUUUCGAUUUCGAUGUAAAAUCAGCUGUGCAGCUGUGCAGCUGUGUUUGACAGAUGAGUUACUCAACCUAACCUCCGCUGUGUGGUCAUAGUUGAAAAUGGUCAUAUACGGUGUAUAUAUUGUUUCAAAAUCUGGAGGAUUAAUAUUCAAUCAUGAUCACAAUGUCCCAAAAGUCGAGACCGAAAAAACGUUCACGUAUCCGCUAGACAUACAUUUAAAUUAUGAAAAUAAAAAGAUUGUCGUUGCAUUCGGGCAAAGGGACGGCAUCAAAGUGGGCCAUGUUUUGACGUCUGUGAAUGGGAACCCUGUGAAUGGUCGUGAACUGGAAGAUGGGAGAGACGUAUUGGAUAUGCUAGAGAAGCCCGAAAACUAUCCAAUACAGUUAAAAUUUAGCAGAUCUAAGAUGACAACAAAUGAGAAAAUAUUUCUGGCCUCAAUGUUCUAUCCGCUAUUCGCCAUUGCCAGUCAGCUUAGUCCAGAACCAAGAUGUUCUGGAAUCGAAGUACUGGAAGCAGACACAUUCCGUUUGUAUUGCUAUCAGACAUUAACUGGUGUCAAAUUCAUGGUAGUUGCUGAACCCACUCAAGCAGGAAUGGACAUCUUAUUAAAACGUGUCUAUGAACUCUACGCAGAUUAUGCAUUGAAAAAUCCAUUUUACUCCCUCGAAAUGCCUAUAAGAUGCGAACUAUUUGAAACACAUCUUCAGAGUCUAUUAGAGACUGUGGAAAAGUCAGGAAUCAGUAAUGUCUGAAACAUUGAUCAUUAUUCCUGGUUAUAGAUUUCAUAAGAUUGAGUUGGAUGCAGUAACGGCGAUAGUUCAUUUGUUACAACUCGAAAUCGCUGCUAGGAAUCAUGCAGCUUCUAGAUAACGGGUUUGCAUGAUAUAUCGUACUCUUACAGACGCCCUGACGCCUGAAAUAAUGCUCACAGUUACCUAAAAGGAUGAUCACAAAUCUUGCAGAGGUUCACAUUUAUUACUGCAUACAGCUCUUUAAACACAUUAUACUAGGUAAUCUUCAUUUGGAAAUGAUGAUAAAAUACAAUGAACGUCUUAUUAUGACAUUGUACAGUUAAAGUAUUUAUAAAAAAAUGGAUAAAUAGGA